UCUGUUUUAGUACUAAAACAGUGUUCAUCAUGAAUCUGCUGUUCUUUAUUAAUUUGGUUAUCUACACCUCACAUAUUGUAAGCAGCCAAUCCCCCAAUCAAACUGAUGAAAUUGUUCCUACCACCCCUCCUCCCGAAGAUGCAAUUUCUACUAACCCCACAUCCCCAGAAAAUAUGGACGAAGACCAACAAAUAAUAACUGAAUCUAUUGCAAAAUACGGUCUUCCACAAAACUACAAAGCACUCGGACUUCCAGGACCCGAACUGGAAACUGGAUGGGACAUAUAUUCAGUUUCCAACGAACUAAUAUCUGGAGAAUCAGGGAUGUACACCCUCAAAGUCAGGACGAUAGCCGAAGACUUCAGCUACAACGGUCGAUAUGAAGAUACCAAAUUAAGGAUGAUUAAGGAUCAAGAAACUAUACUAACAAAAGGCCAGUUUGGCGAGCAUUUUGAAAGAAAAAGUGGAGGAUAUUAUAUUCGUAUCAUUGGUUACACCUUGGACGAAAAUGGUUAUCGACAAUUUCUGAUUAACCUUUCUAAGGCAAAAACCAUCAUAGAAGAAGGUACCAGUGAGCUUCCUGUAACUACUAUCAGUGACUACGGUGAUACUGAUAUUCCUGAAUCUGAAGCCGAGAUUGAGUAUGGAGCACACCCACACCCAACGAUAUUUAUAUCUUUACUUGGGGUGUAGUCACUGGAUUAUUUG